CGUUUUUCAUCUGGAGGAGAAAAAUCCUUUCUCCGACAGGUUGUAAACGCAUCUCCACGCGGGGCACAACUACGUUGUCAAGGAGACCACGAAACUGUAGACAUUAUGGCGGAGCUUGAAAAUUUUAAAAGUGCCGAAGAUGAGUUCAGAAAGAAAUACUUCCAAAGAAACAGGGAAGCCGAAGAGAACAGACAGAAGGAAAGCCGAGCAGCCACACGAAUCCAGAGCUGGUUCCGAGCCUGCAAGGUGCGCGCUUAUCUCAGCUAUCUGCGCAAGAAGGCAGUCAUUAUACAGAAGGUGUGGCGGGGCUUCGCAGCAAGGGCACGAGUCAGACAAAUGGUGAAGGCGGCAUAUUUUAUCAUGAAGAUGAAUUUCUACGAGGAGAUGGCGGUCAGGAUUCAGCGAAGGUGGAGGGGAUUUUAUAGCAGGAAGUACAUUCAUAGCUUCUAUGAACGGAAACGCUGCAUCCAAGGAAUCCUCCUAAACAAUGAGCUCAUGAGGAAGGAAGUGGACGAGACUGUGGAACUCCUGCAAAGACGGAAGAAUUAUCAAGAGAUGGUAAAGGAGCAACAAGCCAGAGUCUACCAGGCACAUCGGUUACACCACCUCCUCAGCACAAAGCAGUGCCCAGGGGUCUUCAACUCUCCAUUUAGGCCAGCCCCUCAUGAGAUGGAGCUACUGUUGAGGAAGGUCAAGUACCAGGUUCCAGCCAAGUCAGGCCACAGGAGUGGGGGUUGCCUCUGGGGCUUUUCUGACCCAGCAGGGCCGAGUUUCCCUGGGACCCUCGAAUCCCAAUCCACAAGGCCGUGUGACUUGCGGCUCACUUUGCCUCCCAUUACCAGCAGCAAACAGCAGGUUCUGUUUAGAGAGCCAGGAGAGGUGUGGGAGCAGCACCUGUAUACUCCCGACCCUCUACAGUGUCUGCAGAUGUUAUACACACACCUGGGGGAGGCCCAGAACCGACUUCAGCAAAGGGAGGCUGUAAAGCUCCCCAGCAUCAUUUUAUGAAGCCGCCCUCAGCACCUUUGAUCAGGGCCGAAGAGGUGCGCUGACUUACCUUCUAACUCCCCGAGAAAAUCAAGAGAAGUACCAAUAAAGGAAGUGUUCAUUA